GAUACUUCCUAAUGGAGUAAUUAAAAGGAACGUCACGUCACAAUAUAAGUCAUGGACCACCAGACAAACAAACAGCUCGCUGAGCUGCUGGAAGAUCCACUUGUACAUAGUAUAUCCUCAAAAGUUAGACGAUCGACCUGCUGUGGUUACACACACUGCUGGAUUCAAUGGAGGUCACUGAGAAAGAAAACCCCCUGUUUUGGACGUUGCGCAACAUCGAACCAACUUACUGGGACGAAUAUAUCGCCACACGGCCUGUCUACGAUGAGAAGAUAUUCCAGCGCAUAUAUGACUAUCAUGCCAGCCAUUCCCAGCCUCGUUUAGCUGCACUAGAUAUUGGUACGGGUUCUGGCUCUGCCAUAUGGCCUCUGACCAAACAAUUCGGCCACGUCGUCGCUAGCGACAAUGAUCCCAUUAGCUUGACUUUCGCACAACGGAAAUACUUAACUUUGCCUUCUGGGCGUCUCUCCUACACCCUAUCUUCGGGAGAGGACCUUCUACAGCACCACUUGCCUGGUUCUUUUGAUCUUGUCACUUGUGCCGAGACAUUCCCGUUGAUGGAUACGCAGACAGCAUUAGACAACAUCUCCACCCUGCUACGUCCUGGUGGCACCCUCGCAGUCUGGUUUUACGGCCCGCCAUUCUUCACCGAGGCAGGAUUUGCGCCUAGAUGUCAAGAAAUCCUAGAUUCCAUCAUGGACCACAAUUUCCGCCCUAUAGUCAGUGGUGGCGGGGAGGCUCGGAGGAAGAGUUGGAAGCGCGCUGCUGAUGGGAAGUUCAGCUGGCUGGAUUACAUCCCUUUUGCCUCAGAUACAUGGUCGGAUAUACGCCGUCACAAAUGGAACACGCAUGCUAGACUCUCAUUCUUUACUCGUCGUGCGUGCGACUUUCCUGUGGAACCAGUUUGCAAUGUUGGACCGGAGGAAGCAGUUAGCACAGAGCAAGACCUUGCCUUCUGGGAAGUUAGUUGGGAUGUGGAAAUGCUGAGAAAGUUCGUAAGGGCAAGCUUUCCGAAGCCAAACGAAUUAACUGAACCGGAUAAUACGAUGGAUGGACUGUUUGAACAGCUAGCCCGAGCAAUGGGCGAACACAAUGCACAGAGGAAGCUUUCGUGGCCAGCUGUGCUGAUUCUAGCAGAAAAGAGCGGAUAGUUAGAGAACUAGUUUCGAAAGGCGAACCGUACACAUGGUCUAAGCAUUCCACAAUUUAUCACGAACU